AUGCCAUCCCCACCACUGCCCCAAGACCUCCAACCCAAAACUAAACCCCCUCAUCGAGCCUCCGAAACCGAAGAAGAAAGAGCUGCUCGCCACCUCGCACACCGUGAAAAACGACGUCAACAAAGGAGACUAACUGCCCGCUACGAUGAUUCCGAGCUUGGAGAUAGGAAGAUCGAGAGAGGUGAUGAGGGAAAGAGUGAUAAGACUGAGAAAGAAGAAAAACAGGGGCUUUUCAGUAAGAGUCGAAAGAGUAUUGGAAGGGGAAUCAUGGCGUUGGGGAAAUGUGUGGCGGGGAAUGGAGAUGGAGAUGCAGAGGUAAAGGGGAUGAGAGAGAAGAUAAAAGAUGUUGGUGAUAGUAAAAAGGGUGAGGAUGAGGAAUAUAGGAGAAGACGAAGAAGACGACGUAGUAGUGUGGAGCAAGAUGAUUAUGAGGAGAAGAGAGAUAGAGAUAGAGAUGAUAAGGAGAGGAAAGUUAGGUUUGAUACUAAAUCUCUUGCUCCAGAGGACAAGCUAAAGGCCGAGCGAGGCAGAGAUACGAGGGAGGGAAACUCUCGUAAGCCUACACCUCUAGCUAAAUCAUCACCCUCUCCUCCUCCUCAUAGAACUCCAUCCCCCACAGCGAAAGAAAAAGAAUCCCAAAUCCUCGCGAAAGAAAUCGAAGAACGCAAUCUUGCCGAAGAAAGAAAGCUACACAUCGCCCAACGAGCUCGCGAAGAACGCACCAAAGCCGAACAAGAGAGAACAGCCCAAGCGAUCUCAGCCGAGAAAGCUCAAAAAGAGAAAGAAGAAUGCGAACGCAUCUCACGACAAAAUCUCUUACUCCAGCGCGAAAAGGAAAAAGAGAGAGAAAAAGAGAAAGAAAGACAAGAAAAUCUCCGUCGAGAAUCAAUCCGUAAAGCCACCGAAGAGCGGCUCGCGCGAGAGAAAAGAGAACAAGAGAGAAAUCUUACUCUUCAAAAAGAACGAGCCGAAAAAGAACGUCAUGCUCGCGAAGCUCAAAAAGAGCAGGAAACCGCUCGACGUUUGCAAAAAGAACGAGCGGAAAGAGAACACCAAGCACAACUUGCACGAGAAGAAAAGGCACGUCAAGAACGAGAGCAAGAAAAAAUCCAGCAAGAGCGUAAACGUCAAGAAGCUCUCCGUCUCCAACAACAGAAAGAACAAGAACUCGAAGCCCAGCGGCAACGUCAAGCACAAGCACAAGCCCAAGCCGAAGCCGCCCAUCUCCAAAAACUCCAAGUCCAACGCGCCGCUCAAGAAGCCGAAAUUGCAGCCGCAGCUGCCCGUAAAAAAGCAGACGCAAAAGCGAAAGCAAAAGCAAAAGCAGAGAAAGAACAAAAACUAGCGCGCCAACUCGACAAAGAGAAACUAGCCGCGCAAAACCAUCUCGCCGCCCAACGACAAGCACUCGAGCUCUUCAAAGAAGUACAGCAACAACAACAGCAACUCGCCGCGCGUCAAAAAGCAGAAAAGCAGUGUGUAGCAAACGGAGUGCACGGCGCGAAAGCUCAAGCUGCUGCUCUGAAGAAAACUCCUCGCCUCCUCACACCCACCAAUCUCAAUCUCAAUGUCAACCCCACCAAUCUCCUCACCCCCCAACCCCCCAAAUGCAUCGGAAACAUGGAGCGCACCAUCCUCGAAGGCUACGUGCCGAUGAGCAGCGCGGAGCUCCUGGCGCGGGAUAUCGCGCUGGGAGUCGUGGUGCCGCCCAGACCCGUGCGGUGUAUUGGGAAUAUGGAGCGCACGAUUCUGGAGGGGUAUGUGCCAAUGAGUGAGGAGGAGAUGAGGAGGAAGAGGGAGGGGAGGUGA